AUGGAAGACAAAGACGAGGACGCCGUCCGUGGCACCUCGGUCGAGCCAACUCAAGUCGAGACCGACCUCUCUGACGAGACUCAGGACUUCCGCUUACUGAGUCACCUCAAUUUUCUAACCGACACAUCCUCACCCGGCCUCCCAAAACGCGGCGAAAAAGACUUCGAACCAAAUCCAACCGAACACCAAGCCGAUGUCCUCUCCAAAUCCCGCGAGGCAAUGCACGAUGCCCUCGCGCAUCCCCGUCUGCAUAACCUCAACACCAGGGUUAUUGCCUUUUAUGCGCCAGAUGGUCCUACGCCCCCGCCCGGUAUCGAUAUCGAAGAUCCAGCCAGAUUUGGCGACAAGGGUGUCGGUGCAAAUGUACAUCCGGAUAGCUGUGUCUACGUGCCUAAUCCGAAGGGCCAGUAUUUCAAAAAUAUGGGCCAGUCGGAUCGUUGGAAUAGAGUCUGGUUAUUGCCCGAAGAAGCGCUGUUCUUGAUUGAGCGCGGGAGCUUGGAUAUUCGCUGGCCGAUUGAAAUGACCGCUGCACCGGAUGAUGAGGGCCCUGAGGAAUUGUCUAUCCCGAUGAGUUUGCAGGCGGCUUAUGCGUGUUUUAUGGGCCGAUCUGGACUUACGCUGGAGCGAUAUACUGUCUACACUGGAUUGAAGCGGACUGGGUAUGCGCUGACUCGGGCUCCGGGCUGGGAUGAAACUGCGCAGGUGGAGGGACUGAAGGAUCAAAAUCAAGAAUGUGCUUCGCAGCGUCCUCUGAAGCGUGGGGCCGGUCUGGCGGGUAUUUUGGAGCAGCUUUUUAGCUGGGCUCAAGAUCCUUUCUCCACUAGGUCUACGGCGGCUGGUCCGGUCGUGGGAUGUGGCAUGCAUCGCAACUAUAAUAACAUUUACCGCCAACUGGCCAUGAUCCCAUGGUACGACCCCAGUCUCGCAAUUGAUAGAGAUCCCCUCGACACGACCCCUCCAUUCCGAGUGGUGUUCCACGCCUACAGACCUUCUACCCCGAUCAAGAAGUCCGCCUGGCCAGUUCCGGAUUUCCGCAUUGCUGUGGUAAAUACACGCGAGACAGCCUCGAUUCCUACUCUCGCUCAACUCGGUGCACUGCUGGAAAGUACACCGCUGGACCCACCGAACGGCGAGAAGAUGAAGCGAUUAGUCUAUAUGCGUCUGCGACACGGUUAUCGCAAUGUUGUCAUGGCGGUGGUGGAUCAAGGCAUUGUGAGCUAUCUAAGAAUUGCUGAUGCGGCAUUCGGAAAAGAAAAGCUGUACGAGACGCAGAUUGCUUCGAUGGGAAACAAACGGAAUGGAAAUUUUCGUGGAAAGAAGAGGUGA